GGGAAAGUUCUUUCCUAUCCUAGGGGUACAUUAGAGAUAGAUUUGGAGGGAAAGCUCUUUCCUAUCCUGGGGUUACAUUGCAGAUAGAUUUGGCGGGAAAAAAACUCUUUCCUAUCCUGGCUGUACAUUGUAGAUAGAUUUGGCGGGAAAGCUCUUUCUUAUCCUGGGGUACAUUGAAGAUAGAUUUGGCGGGAAAGCUCUUCCAUACCUACGUGACGUGGCUGGCUCCCCUGCCACGGGUAGGCGGUGAUUGAUUGCUUGGCCGAGAAGUCGUGCCCACGUGACAGCAUGUCGACGGACGCACCUUGUUCUGCUCUGCCUUCUGCUGGUCAGCAGGGCGAUGGUGGUACACCAGCAAUAGCAAGCACACCGGCGGGGGCCGGUGUGGCUGGGGGGAGCCUGAAAGAACAAGGUAAUGCCCUGUUCAAGGCCGGGAGUUUCCUUAGGGCCGCUGUCGUCUAUACCCAAGCCAUAAAAGAGGACCCCAAUAAUCACACCCUAUACAGCAAUCGCUCAGCUGCAUUCCUGCAACUCUCGAAAGUAACCCAAGCUUUGAAAGAUGCUGAGCAGACGAUUCGGCUUGCACCCACCUGGGAGAAGGGAUAUUUCCGAAAGGGCUGUGCGUUGGAAGCCAUGAAGAAGUUCGAUGAGUCCUUGGAAGCGUUUCAGAAGGCGGCAGAGAAGAACCCAAAGAGUGUGGAGGUGAGCACGAAGAUUAAGCAAAUGGCCCGGCAAAUCCGGGAUCGAAGACGGGCAGAGGGGAGGGAUAACAAUGCGCGUAAUGAGGGGGAGUCUAAAAGCGGCAAAAAGGGACCGUUAGAAAUCAACUGUGAUGAUAAUCGAGUCACCAACUUUGCAAGAAAGAUCAUUGAGGGCGUUACGGAGAUUUGCCUUCAGAAUGGAGGAAAACUGGACCCUGCUGUCCAUUUCCUCAGUUGUAAGGAGGGGAGUAAUGAUGACUUGUCCGAACAGAUUGUGACCGUGAAAGAGGCAUUCGAGUCUCCGGAAACGUUGAGCAAGUGUGUGGGCUUUUUGCGGCAGUACAGUACUGAAGUGAGCGCACUGGCGGCGUGCUUAGUCGUUCCAAGGAAUUGUAUUGCGUACCCACAGGUGUGGAAUGGUCGGGGAGUAAAGAACUGGAGGUUUGGAGCGAAAGAUGGAUUCUUUGUGCAGCUGGAGAUGCCGAAGAAUCGACAACUGUGGUUUCUUCCAGCGUUCACAGAGAAGAAUCCGAAAUCUGUCAGAUCCGCAGAGUCCUUGGACGUCGAAGUCUAUGCAGUUUUGCCGCCGCUAUUCAGGUAGUCGCUACUAGUCGGUCCAAUUCUUGAACCUUUGAAAGAGUGGUUCAGUGAUCGAGUGUUCGACACAAACUUUCGCUGUACUUUAUCCUUUCAUGAUCGUCGGGAACUUCCUCGUUGAUGGACAGAGAGCAAGACCUUCUCAAUGAGGUGGGAGGUGGACGGUAAUUGCUCCUAUCGUUUCGGGUGUUGGCGUAGCUUAGCAGUUGUCAUCCGAUGGCAUCGGCAUUACUCGCUGCACGCAUUUUGAUCUGUUUGGAGAGGAGGAUGGCAGGCUCGGUGCUGAGUGUGGCUUGCUGCUGGACCAUGGCCAUCAGAAAGGCUGCUGGAAAUGCUUGGUGUGCAAAAAGACAGGAGGACUAGAGUGUGGGCUCGAAGCUGUGUACAGACUCAUAGGACAGCUAGUUAACCGAGGCAGGAGCUGCAAAGUUGUUAACUCGGUCACUUGUACAUGUGUGGCGUUCCUCGUCUCGUCGUAGCGCCUGCUCUCUCACGUGCAGUGAUCAACGAAAGCUCUGUGGCUCGCGUGGAGGCUGAGCAUGCUCUUGCUAAAGUGUGAGGGGGAGGGAGGGAGGGAGGGAUGGGUGCGAGAGAGAGAAAAGGGAGGCCUCACAUGCAGCAGGAAGUGGGGGCAUGGUUGUUGGCGCUUGCUUUCUAAACCGGUAAGUUAAGGAUGGGAGGUAGGGACGGCGGACACAAACAUGCCAGAGUGGAUCGCACUUGCAAUCAGCUGGCAGGUCCUUCCAGGCUGUAAUUGACAAUCCUUCCAUAGAGAAUGAAGUCUGGCUGGCUGGAUGGCUCUGUAUAUCCAUCCUCGAGAGGGUGACCCGGAGGAGCGAAGGCGUGCUUGCUCAUGCCUACCCGACAGCAACAGAUCCGGCACCUUCCACAGGCAAAGUACUGUGAGUCCAGUGGAGGGCCAUGGAGGACAUCUGGGAGAAGUGGCGCAGGCCUAGAUGUGAGUGCAAACUACCACACUUGCAGGAUUGAAGAGAAGCGGCGACAUUCUCUGCAUAAAUGUGGAAAGUCGCGCAUGGCUUUUUGGCUCUGUAGGGAGUUUUUCUUGCUGACAAGGCUGCCACCUCUUAUGGGAUAGGUGUCACAUGCUCGAUGGCCGAGCAAGCGACGAUCACCUUCUCACACAAUCGAGAAAGAAGCAGGUGCAUGCUACCCUGAGACAGAGUGAGGUGUGGGAACAAACGGCAUUUAUAACAAACAAAUGCAUGUGAAGUUUUGUAAGCAUGCAGAGCGUACGUGCUUGCAACUCAGCCGCAGUUUUUCCUAUUCGUGCAAGCACUUCAGGUCUGAGAAUGUCUAUGAAACAACUCUCUUUUUGCGGGAGAGUGCAUCUGUCGCCCGGAAAUCCUGAUGAUGCGUUUCUCCGGAUUCCUUGCUGGAAUUUGUAGGGAGGUGGAAUUGUCUAGCCCUUGUUGGUCACCAUAGGUUAGUCCUUGUCUCAUCACGUUCGCCAGUAUUUUGACCAUACUAGUUCCGUAUGUGGGUUACCAUACUUGUUCCGUACGUAGGUUACCAUUCGGGUUCCAUACAUGGGUUACCGUUCUGGUUCCGUACGUAGGUUACCAUUCUGAUUACGUAUGUAGGUUACCAUACUGGUUACGUACGUAGGUUACCGUACUGGUUCCGUACGUAGGUUACCAUUCUGGUUCCGUACGUACUGGUUCUGCACGUAGGUUACCAUUCUGGUUACGUACGUAGGUUACCAUACUGGUUCCGUACGCGCUGGUUCUGUACUUAGGUUGCCAUACUUGUUCCACCGUAUGCUCUCGUCUUUUUCUCAUUUUCAUUCAAGAUUGAGUCUGCAGUUCAAGAAGAAUUUCCACGAGCAGGAGUUUUGUAGCGCGUGCUUGAUGGCACAUAUAUUUCUCAGGCUUUCAUGAAGAAAGUUCAAAGAAACAGAUAGUAGUUGAGAGUUGUUCCUGCAGCCCCUUAGGUGACCUUAAGGUAGAGAUUGUGUGCAUGUGAUAGGGGACUUGUUCCAGGCGAGGGGGUGUGAAAAACACGCUGAAGGCUCGCCUCCCUCUGUAAAGGAGAAGGCAGAGUGACAUUUUUGACUGCGGCAACUGUCUCUGCAGGCCUCGGGAGUUUUUGUGAAUUGAAAAGGACCCUCCUUCUGAACCCUUCCCAACACACAUUCACCCCAAUAAAACUCUUGUCAAUCAGUUCUGGUGAUUGUAUUAUCAUCGGUGAUUGAAUCAUAGCGCUCCAGUUGUCUUUCAGCUGCGGAUUUGUGAUCCUUUUCUGUGAGUCAUUGCACAGCACUACCGACUCCGAAUCUUCACCAAGUUUGUACUGCAGGCUCUGCAGAGUAUAGCCAUCAGGAAGUGCACCAAAGUUGUGCUGCAGAGUACCAGCCAUCAUGCAGUCGCUUAUAUUUUACAGCGUGCUUUUGUGAUGUGCUAGCAGGUCGGACGUGAAGGUGCACAUUGUGAGUGUGGGACUGCUGUAUUGGAAUGUGAGAAAAAGGCAUGGAUUACUCAGAACAGAAAAUGAAAAUUGAAGAAAAGG